UUUCAGGAUAUCAUAAUGGAUUCUGAUGACAUUAUCGCUUGCAAUGAUCACGUAAGUAAGGUACAAAUGGUACAUGUGAAUAACGAAGUUGACAAGGAUGACCUACUGCAGACAACUGUUGCGGAAAUUGUAACUAACAUCGUUGAUUUGGUAUGCAAGGGAUGUAUGUCAUUCGAUUAUUUUUUUGACCGUUUCAGUAUUGUCGAUCCAACAAGUUUUAGAAUCGCUCACUGUACGAUAGACAAUGGUGGACGGUCGGGAAGUGCGCUGACUGUUCAGUCGAGCAGUGAUAGUUCGGAUGAGGAAUUCGAUAGAAUUUUGGAAAUUACUCGACGGCAAACGUCAUUACAGCAAGAGGAGGAAGACGAUGACGUGGAAGUUGCCAACUCGACGAAAAUAAAUGCGAAACUUAUUGAGCAUGAGUAUGAUACAAUGCCUGCUAUCGAGGAACUCAGGAUUCAUGUUGAAGAAGACAUUAUCUUGAAACAGUUUGGGAAAAUUAUGAACAUCGUCGACAGAUUAGUAGUAAUUGAGGCUGAUUCAAAUACUGCACUUGAUUUCGAGACUGUCAUUUUCGAUGCUGAACGCAACGCUGUAGGACGGGUAUUUGACAUCUUUGGACCGGUUGUUAAGCCAAUGUAUGCGAUUCUUUUCAAUGAUAUUAAGGAAGCAAGUGAGUGGAAAGUGGGUACUGCAAUGUAUUAUGCUCCGGCGGCUUCUCAGUUCACUCAUACAGUACUUACGGAGAAGUUGAGGCACGAGAAGGCAACUGACGGCUGUUGGGAUGGUGACGGGGAGUGUCCUGAUGACAUGCUGGCGUUUAGUGAUGAUGAAGCUGAACAACGGUAUAAAGCUAAACACCGGUCUGUAAAAGUCGGCGAUAGAAGUCAGCACAUAUUUGAUAGUCCUAAAAGCAAAAAAGCACGAUACACGUCAAAACGUGGUCGAUCAAAAUGUAGGAACAGUGGUAGAUAUAACAUAACGCGACAGGGUCGAAGUGGCCCGGGACAAUAUGGCGGUGGCGUAGUAGGUAGCAGUAUGGAACAGAAUCCGAUGCAGCAUUCAUCUUUUUGGUCAGCUGCAGUGAAUAAAGAUGGACUUCGGCAGUUUCAGCCAGACUUUCGUUUGACAUCUUUUGGGAUGUCAGGACGCCUAAAUCAUUCGUUUUUUGAGAAAAACAUGAAUUCAAGGCAACAGUCAUCUUUCCAUUCCUCUGCAAAAGAUGAGAAAAUAUCAUGCCAGGGAGUGUAUCCGUGGACAGAUGAAAUUAGAUCACAAAAUAUGAACAAUUUACCUGCUCAGCUUAAUAGUCUGAAUUCAUCCUUAAAUAAUCGUCAUUUAAACGUGUUUUCAAAUCCAAGAAAGUCGUAGCAGUAAUAAUAUGUGAUGCCUUAUUUGACUGUUUGUUUUUCCGGAUUGUUUCGUCAUUCACGAGUGCAAAAUGUUUAUAUGUUUAAUUAGCUUUUUAAAACUUGGUUGGCCACAAGACUUGAGUUUUAUUCCGAAUCAGAUAUUUUCUUGAUAAUUUUUAAAGGUCUUGCUCAAAGUUCUUUUUCAUUAUCUCGUGAGAGUUGUCCGUGUUGCUGCUUGUUUACGAAGAAAGCAAGUAUUUUCAAAAUCCAUACCAAAAUUAUUGGCGCAUAUAAACUAGGCAUACAACGCAUAGAAACAUGAAUUGCAGU